AUGACUACCGUGGUCAUCAAUGAGAGUGAAACUUCUAGUCAGCUGGGAAGACUAAAUCUAACUCAGAUUGCAGAAAGCCUUGAGAAUGAGCAAUCUUUAGCCCAGCAGGAGGCCAAUGUUCAGCCAUUAGAGAACCCUAAGAAGGAUGAAUCUGCUAUUCCGCAGGGGGCAGUGGCUCAAGCUCCAGAGAUCCCCGAGGUCAAUGAAUCUUCAGUCCAGCAGGAAUCCCUUGCUCAGCCUUCUGAGCCACCUGGGGAAGAUGUUGCUCAGUCAUUCCUACAUCCUGAAGAAAAUGUUCCACCUCCAAAUCAGAAUGAAGUGCCACCCUUAACUGUUGCCAGUAUCACUGCUAAAUCUACAGAGAUGACCAUGACCAUGUUUGCAGAAGUGAGCAACGAUGUUGACUCUUCUCUGAUGCAGCAGGAGGUCUCGGGUCAACCUCUAGACUCAUCAGGGGAGCCCGUUGCUCAACCAUUUAUACAGUCUGAAGAAAAUGUUCCAAGUCACAAUAAACCUCCAGGCUUAAACUUGCCCGAUGUCACUGCUACACCUGUGAAUGCAACAGUUCCCAUAGUUCCAGAUGUUAGUAAUGUUGAAUCUCCAGUUCAGCAGGAGGCCCAGGCUCAGCCUCCUGAGCCAUCUGAGGAGUCAGUUGCUCAAUCACUGCAUCCUGAAGAAAAUGUUUCGUCUCCAAAUCAGAAUGAAGCUCCGCACUUCAACAUGCCCAUAGCCACUGCCAAGCCUGUGGAAGUGACAGUCACCAUCUCUACUGAGAUGAGUGAUGAGAUUCAAACUUCUCCAGUUCAGCAGGAGGCUCAGGUUCAACCUCCAGAGAAACCUGAGGAGGCACCAACACAGCCUAUAGAGCCAAAUGCGGAGGUUGUAGAUCAAUCAUUAAGCCAUCCUGAAAAUAGUCCCCCUCCAAGUAAGAAUGAAGCUCAGCCUUUAAAUUUGCCCAGUGUCACGGGUAAACCUAUGGACGUGACAAUUACCUUAUCUGCAGAGAUCGAAAAAUCACACACUGUUUCACAUGAGCAACUGCAACAGAAUGUCUCCACGCACAUCAAAAUAUGUGAGCGCUGUACCUGCACAGAGGAGACACUGUCAUGUACUGGUUUCAGUCCAAAGAGGAGGCUCCACAGAGUGCCCUUGCCAGAGCCCAACAACCGCAACACCUUCACCAUCCUAAAUUUCCAUGGAAACUCUAUUUCUUACAUUGAUGAAAAUAUAUGGAAGUCAUACCGUUGGUCUGAGCAACUAAUUCUCAGUGGCAAUUCUUUGACUGAAUUACAUAAGGAUACAUUUGAAGGCCUGCUACCCCUUCAGUAUUUAGACUUAUCCUGCAAUAAAAUACAGUCUAUUGAGAGACGUACAUUUGAAUCAAUACCAUUUGUGCAGUUUAUAAAUCUUGGUUGCAAUUUACUCACAGAACUGAGCUUUGGAACAUUUCAGGCCUGGCAUGGGAUGCAGUUUUUACACAAGUUAAUUCUCAGUCGUAAUCCUCUGACAACUAUUGAAGAUUCGUAUCUUUUUAAAUUGCCAGCAUUGAAAUAUCUAGACUUGGGGAAAACACAAACACCUCUUGGACCAGUUGAAAACAUACUUAUGAUGACUCUUGACUUGGAAAAACUGAUCCUACCUAACCAUCUAGCCUGUUGCCUCUGCCAGUUUAAAAAUAAUAUUGAAGUUGUCUGUAAGACAGUCAAGCUACACUGUGACAAUGCAUGUCUGACCAAUACCACACACUGUGAUGAGGAAGCAUCUAUAAGUAACACAGAAGGGGAAUUCAUGAAGGUCUUACAGGCUCGGAAGAAGAAUACCAGCACUGAGCUUACCAUUGAACCAGAGAAGGCCUCAACAGACAGAAAUAGUCUGUCAGUUUUCAUGAACGAUCAGCUGGACUUCAGUGAUGAGAGCGACGUAAUUAGUGCACUAAACUACAUAUUGCCUUAUUUCUUGGAUGGGAAUCUAGAAGAUGUCGAAUCAACACUGUUACCCUUCAUUAAACUUCUUUUUUCAAAUGGAAAAAGCUUAGCAAAGGCUCCCCCAGGAGAGAGGCAACUAUUGAGAGGGAAUCAGAUUCUCAAGGGCCUAAAGGACAUACAGAAAAGAUACUUCAGAAGAGGGGGUAGUCACAGCCGCCAGAGGAAAGAGAAUGCCCAGCCAAUUAUGGAGAGCAUUGUCCCAAAAAGAAGUCUCAGACAGCCGGCCCCAAAAGAAUUGAAACAGCUCCACCUGGUAGGAAGGUGGCCCGGGAAGUUAGUGGAAAACUCCUUCCAUGUGAAACCUUCAUUCGUACAAGAGCGCAGGGAAGCAGUGCCCAAUUUCCGGAAACAGUACUCCCUGGGCAGUGCUCCGGCCACCAUUUCUGCAAAAGCCCCACCUGUGGUGAAAAACAAGUCCAAAAAGUUACGCUACACUCUCUCCAUUUUAAAAGACGCAAAUGCUCAAAUUCAGAACAUGAAUUUUCCCAAUCCCUCAUCACGCUUUGGGAAACACUUUCGCUUCCAUAAACCCUACUCUCGCCUGAUCCAAAGAAUGCCCAAAGCCAGAAUGAAUUUGAAAUCAAGAAAAGAGCCAGGGCAGAUGCAGGCCAAGAGGCCUCUCUUCUCCGAGGUGAGGAGCCUCAUAAAUUCCCCUUUACAAGAGGCUUUGCAGGCCGAGGGAGAUCGGGACACUCCUCUCCUGGAUUCGUUUAACCUUCCAGAAUCGUCAAUGGAUAACACGAGUGUAGAAAACAGUCAUGCUCAAAGUGGGGCUAAUACCGGGCACGUUACUUCGCCACACAAAACCAUCAGUAACUCCAGCACUAGUCGGGAGAAGGGCACUAGAACCACGAACGUCAUGCUGAGCAUCAAACAAUCCAGUGACACGCUGUGGGAGUACCAGAAUGUGAUUACGGAAAUCACCCCCAGUUUCUCAGACUCUACUACACCAAAACCAAAUCCCGGUGAUCAACUUGAAAUUCAGCUCAACCAACAGCUGCGGACCCUCAUCCCCAACAACGAUGUAAGGAGACUGAUUGCUCAUGUCAUCCGAACCCUGAAAAUGGACUGCUCUGACAGCCAGGUGCAGCUGGCCUGUGCCAAGCUCAUCUCCAGAACCGGUCUCCUGAUGAAGCUUCUGAGUGAGCAGCAAGAAGUGAAGGUCUCCAAGGCAGAAUGGGAUACAGACCAAUGGAAGACGGAGAACUAUAUCAAUGAGAGUACGGAAGCCCAGAGUGAGCAGAGAAAGACCGAGUCAAGCGAGCUCACAAAAGAAGUUCCAGGAUAUGGCUAUAACAACAAAUUAAUCUUGGCAAUAUCUGUAACUGUAGUAGUCAUGAUAUUGAUUAUUAUUUUCUGUCUCAUUGAGGAGGGCUUUUUCUGGCGAAGGCCCCUGUGGCUAAGGGAUAUGUACAGGCCUCUUAAUGCCACACGCAAGAAAAACAUGGCACAGAAGCUCCACGACAAAGAUUCUUCUGAUGAGGACGAAAUUUACCGCAAGAGCACAGGGACACUCAGUGAAAGUGGGGCAACGAAGGGGGCCAAGGGAGCUCCUGAGAAAGGGGCCCAAGGAAAGAAGGCAAAACAGAAAAAGGAGACAGCGCGCAGCACCUUCAGCCCAGGCAGUAUCUUCGGCCCAAUCAGCACCUUCGGCCCAAUCAGCACCUUCAGCCCAGUCAGCACCUUCGGUCCAGUCAUCACCUUCGGCCCAGACAGCACCAACACCGCAGUCAUCACCUUCGUCCCAGGCAGCACGAACGCCGAAGGCAGCACCAGCACCGAAAGCAGCACCAACACCAAAGGCAUCACCAAUACCAAAGGGGAAGGCAUCACCAACGCCGAAGGCAUCACCAACGCCGAAGGCAUCACCAAAGCCAAAGGCAUCGCCAGUGCCCAAGGCAAGACCAGUGCCCGCUGGGCCCAAGAAAACUAA